ACUUUCACAUGAUUCUAAGGGAGCCAGCUGAUCAGUAAACAGGAGCCUUGUGGUUUCACAGAACAGAGGCAGGAUUCCUUAAAACCAAGGCUUUAUCUCAUUCCUAAAACUAUGCAAAACAUCUGAUCUCUCUACCAGGCACCUACAUCACCUGCCUUCCUGCCGCACGUUCCUGCCUACUGUCCUUGUCCAGAUCAUCAUGCCUCGGGGUCAGAAGAGCAAGCUCCGUGCCCGAGAGAAACGCCGUCAGGCCCGAGAAGAGACCCAGGGUGUCAAGGGUGCUCAGGCCACUGUAGCAGCUGAAGAGGAGCCCACCUCUUCCUCCUCUGAUUGUUGCAAAGAUCCGACUCAGAGCUCAUCUGCUGCUGAGACACCCAGCACUCCCCAGGGGCCUCCAAGUGCCCUACCUCCCACCACUUCUGAAGCUGCUGUUUCAUGCACAAGAGCUAAUGAAGGUGCCAACUACCAAGGGAAUGAAAGUCCAAGCUCAGCGCAGGCCGAGCCCACCACUGAGCACUCGCAGGAAGGCCUAGAUAAGAAAGUGGUUAUAUUGGUACAUUACCUGCUGUACAAGUAUCAAGUGAGAGAGCCCGUUACCAAGGCUGACAUGCUGAGAAAUAUAAUGCAAAUAUACAAGAACCAAUUCCCUGAGAUCCUCAGGAGAGCCUCUGAGCACCUGGAAUUGGUCUUUGGCCUUGACCUGAAGGAAGUGGAUCCCAUCCGACACACCUACGUCCUCGUCAACAAGCUGGAUUCUAGCUCCAGUGGGAGGAUAAGUGAUGACGUUGGUGUGCCCACGACUGGCCUCCUGAUGACUGUCCUGGGCGUGAUUUUCACAAAGGGCAACUGCGCCACUGAAGAGGAAGUCUGGGAAGUGCUGAAUACGAUGGGCUUACAUGCUGGCAGGGAUCACUUCAUCUUUGGGGAGCCCAAGAAGCUCAUCACCAGAGAUAUGGUGAAGCAAAAGUACCUGGAGUACCGGCAGGUGCCCAACACCGAUCCUCCACGCUACGAAUUCCUGUGGGGUCCCAGAGCCUAUGCUGAAACCACGAAGAUGAAAGUCCUGGAGUUUGUGGCCAAGGUACAUGAUACCACUCCCAGUGCAUUCCCCUCCUGCCUCGAAGAGGCUAUAAAGGAUGAGGAAGAAAGAGCUCAAGCCAGAGUUGAAUCCAGGGCUCGCAGUAGUGCCAUGUCCGGUACACAUUCCAGGGCCACACCCAGCAGCUCCUCCUGCCCCAAGUGA